GUUUCGUCGAUCUUGGGCCCCAACCACCAGCUUCUGGGUUCUGCAAAACUAGUGUUGUUCGAGCUGGAACUAAGUUGGCAAUUCCACCAAGAUUAGAAGGCUCAAGCCCGUUCUGACGGCUGGCUGACGUCCUUUUGAUUUUGUCGUCUGACGUCCCUAGACAAAAUUGAGGGUUUCAUCGCCCCGUAUUUAUCGAUGCUCUAUCUCUAAAUGCGCGCGUCGUCGCGUUACUUCCGCCAUGGAUAAAGAGGUGGAGGCCCAACGACCCAACGUCCCAGGAGCUGUUCACGCUCAAGAAAAUGGGAUUGUUAACGCAACGAAAGAAAAGAUUCCAGCACUUAGCAAAGUAAUUGAUGACGUGGAAGGCCCAUUGGCUCCUGAGGAUCCGGACAAGCCGGCUGCCGAUAAUGGAGCAGCGGAUGGGAGCGAGCCUCAGGAGGAGCAGGAGCUUGUUGGUUAUAUCGGAGCGGCUAAUGGCGCGUACAUCUUGGCGGACUAUGGGAGGGAUGCGGACGCUUUCCGCGAGGCAUUGCCGAAGGCUCUGGAGAAUUUGCCACGCCAUUUCGCACAGUAUUCCAUGGGUUACGGGCGGCUGUUUGUGCUUUUUCAAAGGCACCACCCAGGGCUGGUGCUUGUGCUGCUGGGCUACAACCCGCUCCCCAAGGCCCACGCCCAGACCCUCCUGGGCAGUGUAGCGGGGCCGCUCGCUGCAGCCACAGGCGUAACAAUCACGCCGUACUCCGCAUCCGCGCCGCAUGCGGCGGGGAAGUGGAAGGGCGGGUUGGCAGGGGCGGAGCGGGAGAAGCUGAGUGCGGCGCUCGCGGCGCUGGCAGGGGGGCUGCGAGGCGUGGUGGGGUCGACCAUGGCGUGCAUGAAGAGAUACCCCGACGGACCGCAAGCCUAUCUUGUGAGCCCUGAUGGUGACUGCCCCAUUCCUCUAGAUGACGACGACGAGGAGGAGGAGACGGAGGAGGAGAGGAAGGAGAGGAGGAAGAAGGAGCGGGCGCGGAGGAAGGAGGCGAGGGAGAGGAGGGAUCAGAUGAUGGCUGAGACAGGUGCAGCUGAUUCAGCAGGCAAGGGGGGAGCAGGAGAAGGAAAAGCGUCGGCAGAAGCAGGAGCAGGAGCAGGAGCAGGAGCAGGAGCAGGAGCAGGAGCAGGAGCAGGAGCAGGAGCAGCAGGGAGGGCAGAUAAAGGGUCACAGGUGGCAGGUGUUGUGGGGCAAGCACCUAUGCCGGGUGCGAGUGUGAGCAGUGGUGGUGGUGGUAUGGUUCGUGAUAGGUAUGGUGAUGCGACCUACAAGCACCAGACGUUUCUGCAAUCGCAGCAGAAGCAGGAGCACCAGCAGCAGCAGGACAAGGACCAGGAGCAGGAGAAGGAGCAGAAGCAGCACCAGCACCAGCACCAGAAGCAGCAGCAGCAUCCCCAGCAGCAGCAUCCCCACCACGAAGGCCAGCAUUUCCACUUUCAUAUGAGCUUUAGUCAUCACCAUCAGGGCAGUCAUCAUCAGCAGCAGAAGCAGCAGCAUGCACAUGCGGGCUCAGAGUGCCAAGACUGUAGCAACCACAGCGGCAGCCAGCACAGCAGCAGCAGCCACCACGACGACAGCCGUCACAGUGGCAGCCAGCACGCCCAGUUGCACCUCCCCCUGGUGCAGCCGUCCCCACACACGCCUGCAGGCUAUGCCGGGUCGGAUGCAGAGGGGCACACUCCCAGUGAGGAGAAGCGCAAGCGGUUCAACGCUGGCGAGUGGAUCGGGAACCUGAUCAAAGGGAAGGACCACAAGGAGCACGCGCAGCACGGGCAGCAUGGGCAUGCGCAUACGCAUGGCCAUGCACUUGCACAUGCACACUCACAGGAGCAUGCACAUGGGCAUGGGGUGGGCCUGUUUUCGGGGCACGGCAAGGCUCACCAGAAGCAGGAAAGCCACGUGGGCAGUGACUUUGUGGCGGCUGCUGCUGCCCGAGCCAAGGCUGCUGCUGCUGCUGCGUCUGCUUCUGCUGUUACUGCCUCUGCUGCCGGUGCUGGUGGUGGUGCUGGUGGCGCUGCUGCUGCAAACGCAGGUCAUGGGGGGGUGGCAGGAGCGGCAACAGGUGGAACAGUGGCUGCGGGAGCAGUGGCAGGUGGUUCUGCUAUCCACUCACAUGAGCAUGGGAAUGGGCACGGGGAUGGGCAGGGUGGGCAAGGGCAUGGGCAUGGGAGUGGGGGCCAUGGGGGUCAGGAGCAUGAGGCAGGGGGGGAGCAUGGGCAUGGCAUGCAUGCAUCACCAGGGCAUGGUAAGCAUGUUGCCGCAGGGGCAUCCGGGCAUGGUGUGCAUGGGUCUCCAGCACAUGGCAUGCAUGGGUCCCCAGGGCACCAGCAACAGGGGCAUGGGCAUGAGGAUGGUCAUGAUGGUAGUAACCACAAGCAUGGCAUCUUUGGUAACUGGGGGCAUGGCAUGCAUGCGUCUCCAGGGCAUCAGCAGCAGGGGCAUGGGCAUGACAGUGCGCAUGGGCAUCAUGACGGUAGCAACCACCAUGUCAUACUUGGAAUUUUUACACAUGGGCAUGAGCAUAAUCCCGACCAUGCACACGCACAUGCACAUGCACAUGGGCAUGGGCAUGGGCAUGGGCAUGGGCAUGAGCAUGGGCAUGGGCAUGGGCAUGGGCAUGGGCAUGGGCAUGAGCAUGGGCAUGGGCAUGGUGUAGGGCUGUUCUCAGCGCACGGCAAGAGCCAGAGGCAGGAGAGCCACGUGGGCAGUGACUUCGUGGCGGCAGCUGCGGCCCGAGCUAGAGCUGCUGCUUUGGGAACUGGAGGCUCGGCAACAGGGGAGGGCACAGGCAGCGAGCGCAGCUAUGACAGCAUGGAAGGGGGGAGCAGGCAGGGCCACGGGUCGGAACGUGGGCAUGGUAAAGGGCAUGGGAUGGGGCAUGAGCGUGGGCAAAGGCAAGAGCAGGGGACGGUGCUCCAAGAGCCAGCAUCCCCGGCUCACUCGUCCUCCUCUCAGCACAGCCAGAAGCAGCACCUGGCAUCGCCACAGCAUCAGCAGCAGCAGCAGCAGCCAUCACCUCAGCAGCAGCAGCAGCAGCAGCAGCAGGAGCCACAUAAGCAUCACCACCAGCACCAGCACCGCCACCAGCAGCAAAAGGAGGAGAAGAAGAAGAGCAAACAGAGCAACGUGGGCAGCAGCCUUGUCUUCGCAGCAGCAGCAGCAGCGCGGCAGAAAGCAGCAGCAGCAGCAGCAGGAGGAGGAGCAGGAGGAGCAGGAGCAUCAGGGAGGCAUCUAGGCAUACCUGGUUCAGGCAGCAUGGGCGGCACUGGUGGCACGGGUACGCCUCUCAGUUGUAGGAGCGGACCGGCCAGCGGCAUGAACAGCGGGUUUGGCAGCGGGGCUGGCAGCAGCGGCAGCAUCAGCCCCAUCAACAGCCGAGAGGGGGAGGAGCAGGAGCGGGAGCAGAGUCAUCUUAACCCCAGAGCGUACCAACUGACUAUGCACAGCGCCAGCACCCCUGGUGGUAGCAGCGUUGCUGGCAGCGGUGUCGAUGGUGGUGCUGAUGCUGAUGGUGCUGCUAGUUAUGGUGCUGGUGCGGGUGUUGGUCCAGGGGGUGGUAGUGGCAGUGGUAGUGGAAGAAAGGAGGGGGAGGGGAAGCUUGAGUCUGUAUCUUCCGGGGGGGGGACUAAACAGGGCAAGGGGCUGUUGUUUGGGAUCAGCAAAUCCAUAGGAGGGGCCCUGGGUAAGGAAGGGAAGGAGAAGAAGGAGAAAGAGGAGAAGGAGAAGGAGAGGAGGAAGAAGGAGAAGGGGGAGAAAGAGAGUACGGUGGGAAGCAGCUUCGUGGCAGCUGCAGCAGCCAGAGCAGCGGCAGCUGCUGCCACAAAGGAGCAGCUUGGGGCCGCUGCUGGAUCAAGAGGUGGGGGAGGGGGGGACGGGGUGGGAGGAGGGGGGGGUUGGAUUGGGAGGAUGAGUCCAGGGGGGAGUGCUCAAGGUAGUGCUGGUGGUGGUGGUGGCGGUGGUGGUGUUGGUGCUGGUGGCGGUGAUGCUGGUGGUGGCAGCAGGGGCGGCACGGGUGUGAGCAGCAACAGGAGCAGCAGCAGCAACCUGCACCAGCAGGAGCAGGCGCCAGCAUUAGAAGCUUCUGGAGUGUCUAGUGCCAUAUCGACUGAGCAACAGCAGCAGCAGCAGAAGCAGACUCAGCAGUACCAGCAGCACUACCAGCAGCAGCAGUUUCAGCAGGAGGCAGAUCGCGAGUCAGUGAGCGAGCGAGACUCAAUCUCAGAGCGGGGAGCCGAUGCCGAGGACACAGAAGGGGAGAGCGUCGACGGGGAGAGUGUGGAGGGGGAGAGCACAGAGGGGGACCGCGGCGACGGGAGCAUCAGCGGUGGUGGGGUUGGGAGUGGCAGUGGGAGGAAGGGGCGGAAGGGGACGAAGAAGGCGGGGUUGCGGGGGUGGCUGACAAAGAAGCUGCACGCGUCCUCCUCCUUGCCCCCUGCUAGUCCGGAACGAGGGGGCGGGCUCGCCUCCCGGUCCGUUCCGACCCGCCCCGGUGGGAGCCCGGGCCGCCUGUUGGAAAGCCCAGGUGGCUCGCCUAGCCAUGGUGGGGUUGGCCUGUCGCCUGGCCGGGUUGGCCCGGGGGCGAAAGGUGGCAGCAGCUCACAGGAUGGGAUCAGCUUGGCGCACAGCCGAGGGGGGUCGUGGGAGGACGGGCCAGGAGGUGGUGUUGGCGGGGGCAGUGGUGGUGGUGGGGGCAGUGUGGCUACUGUGUAAUGGUGUUACUGGGGGCCGUCCAGGCAUGUCAUGGCUGGAUUGGCCCGGGGGUUAAAGUUAAAGAUGGCAGUGGCUCACAGGAUGGGGUGAGCCUGCUGCACAGCCGAGGGACGUCGUGGGAGGACGGGCCUGGGGGUGGUGGGGGCACUGAUGCUGCUGUUGCUGCUGCUGCUGCUGCUGGUUGCAGUGUGAGUACUGUGGAUUGGAGUAGCUUGAGCACAGGCAGUGCUGGCAGCACUGCCGACGAAGCGAACUCGCCUAGGCACGGUGGGAGGGAUCAGCUUGUUGCUUAGCUGAGGAGGGUAGCUUGACACUUAGCCGAGGGGGGUUAUAGGAAGGAGGCCCGGCAGGGGGUGACAUUUGAGUUGACUCAAGAGGAGGGGCCUUGGAGGGGGUGGGUGUAUUGAAAGUGAUGCAAGUGGUGCUGCUGGUGCUGGUGGUGUUGUUGCUGCUAGUGGUGGUGCUGUGGAGUGGUGUAGCAGCGCCAGAGCUUAUCCCUUUCUCCCUCGCCCUCCUACACCCGCUUCUCCCAUCCCUUCCUCCUGUCUCCUCACCCCACUACCUCAGAGGGUUGAAAACUCUCCUGUCCUCUCCUUGUGCACGUUUGUCCCCCCACCCCUUCCCCCCUUCCCCUCCCCCCCUCCCCCAUCCCCUACCCCUCGUCCCUACCCUUCCCCACCUUGUAUUUUAGAACCUCACCUCACCCUUCCUAGUGUUAUCGCUCAAAGGUCUUCGAUGCAUGUGCCGAGAGACUCUAGGUGCUAAGUGUCGAAGUUCUUGGUCACGAGUGAGUGAUACACUUUGUAUCACUUAGCACUUAAGGUACUAGGUUCAGAUACAAACGAGCUCAGUAGGGCAGAUCUCCGGACGUCACAUUGGACUUGCGAUUGCAGCAUUUUGUUUGUUUUCCCAUAAUUUGCCUGCUAUGCUGCACUGUCUGUAGUGUUGCCAGCACAACUAUUUAUGCUAGACAAUGUUUGCCCAGUAGCUCAACUAAGGGUGAAUUCCUAUUGUUGUAAAUACCUCGAA